CAACCAUGCUCCACGGGGCAGAGCCAUAGAGAAGAUGGAGAGCAGAGCAAACGAGAAAUAGUUUUCGCAGAGCCGUUAAGCUCACCUCCUUCGAGGCCGGCUGCUCCACCUCCACCUCCACCUAAUCCCCAUUCGCCUCGCCUCCCCGCCCACCGCCACCACCCGUCGAUGGCGGCCAUCAAGCCGCCGCCGCCUGACCGGCCGCCGCAGGCCGCGCGGCUGCCGUCCCCUUCCUCCUCCUCCUCGGCGGUGGCGGCGGCCAAGCGAGGCGCCACAGGCUCCCGCGGGCUGCUCAUGGGGCGCUACGAGCUGGGCCGCGUCCUGGGCAAAGGCACCUUCGCCAAGGUGUACCACGCGCGGCACGUGCAGACCGGCGAGAGCGUGGCCAUCAAGGUGCUCGACCGGGAGAAGGCCGUGCGGAGCGGCCUCGUCUCGCACAUCAAGCGCGAGAUCGCCGUGCUCCGCCGCGUGCGCCACCCCAACAUCGUGCACCUCUUCGAGGUCAUGGCCACCAAGACCAAGAUCUACUUCGUCAUGGAGCUCGUCCGCGGCGGCGAGCUCUUCUCCCGCGUCUCCAAGGGCCGCCUCAAGGAGGACAUUGCGCGCCGCUACUUCCAGCACCUCAUCUCCGCCGUCGGCUUCUGCCACACCCGCGGGGUCUUCCACCGGGACCUCAAGCCGGAGAACCUCCUCGUCGACGAGGCGGGCAACCUCAAGGUGUCCGACUUCGGCCUCUCCGCCGUCGCCGAGCCGUUCCAGCCAGAGGGUCUCCUCCACACCUUCUGCGGCACGCCGGCCUACGUCGCGCCCGAAGUCCUCGCCCGCCGUGGAUACGAAGGCGCCAAGGCCGACAUAUGGUCCUGCGGUGUCAUCCUCUUUGUUCUCAUGGCCGGAUACCUCCCUUUCCAUGACCAGAACCUCAUGGCCAUGUACCGUAAGGUUUACAAGGGAGAGUUCCGAUGUCCAAGGUGGUUCUCCAAGGACCUUACUAGCUUGAUCAUGCGUUUUCUUGACACAAACCCAAGCACCAGGAUCACCUUGCCGGAGGUCAUGGAGAGCCGGUGGUUCAAGAAAGGUUUCCGGCCAGUCAAGUUCUAUAUUGAAGAUGACCAGCUGUACAACGUCAUUGAUGCCGAGAAUGAUAUGCUCGACUUGGGUCUCCCUGACCCUCUUCCUCAACCAUUGCUUCCUCCACCUUCAUCUCCAUCUCCGCAAGAAGUUGAUGGAGAUGACUCAGGGUCAGAAUCCGACGCAUCAGUCGUGUCCUGCCCUGCCACAUCGUCAUUUGAAGAGCGCCACAGGCUCCGCGGGCCACUCCCACGCCCCGCAAGCCUUAACGCGUUUGAUAUCAUAUCAUUCUCAAGGGGAUUCAACUUGUCGGGGCUGUUUGAGGAAAAAGGGGACGAGGUGAGAUUCAUCUCGAGUGAACCUAUGUCGGGCAUUAUAACGAAAUUAGAGGAGAUCGCAAAUGUGAAGAGCUUCGCGGUGCGGAAGAAGGAUUGGCGGGUGAGCCUAGAGGGCACAAGGGAAGGGGUUAAGGGGCCACUAACAAUCUGCGCGGAGAUAUUUGAACUCACACCCUCCCUUGUAGUAGUGGAGGUAAAAAAGAAGGCGGGGGAUAAGGAAGAGUAUGAUGAUUUCUGCAACAAGGAAUUGAAGCCAGGAAUGCAGCAUCUUGUGCACCAGAUGGCCCCAGUUCCAAUUACACCUACCAUUUCUGAGUAGGCCGAAAGGCCUUCAAGGUAACAGGCGCCACCGCCCCUAGAGCUAACGGGGAUAGGGGGAGCGACUCUCCAAGCUAGAAAGAAACUGGAGUCGGGUGCAACUGACAGGAGCAAGAGUUCUUGUAGUCUCGGGCACUGACGAUGAUGAGCGCGGUUACUUGGUUAACUCUGGAGAGCAUACAUAAUGUUAUCCGAGACGGGAGCUAGAUUGUGGCUGUAUAUGGUGUCACCCUAGCUGCUGUUUAAAUGUUUGUACUUUUCUCUACUUAAUUUGCUGAUGAUGAUUGUGUAUGUACUCCCGCUGUUGGUUUAUCAGCAGAACCGAAUAAUUUUGGGUAAUCGUUAAUUCAAGGACCAAACUGAUUGAGGAAUAAA